AUGGAGGAGGAUGUUGGUUUUCGAUUCCGACCAACUCAACAAGAGCUUCUGUGGCUUCUUGAGCGUAAGGCUUGUGGCGAAGCAAUAUCAAAGUACACAAGCACCGUUCUUGAGAAGGAGUUGUACGGACCUGAGGCUAGCAAGGAGCCAUGGAACGUUUUCUCCGACGUUCCGGAUCAGAUGUGGGAGCUCUACGAUGAAUGCGCCGGUAAGAACAGCCAUGCGAGAAGGGUUGUUUACGUUGUAACGAAAUUGUCGCAGAUGAGUGAGAAGAAGAUCAGUAGAUCGGCCGGUCGCGGAACUUGGAACGGGGAGACAACCAACAAGCCGGUCAUGGACUUACAAGGUGGUGGCAAAAUCAUAGGAUAUCAUAAACAGUUGACUUACACGGUGAAAUCCGAGGCGGCGUGCCAAGGAUCUUGGUACAUGCACGAGUAUUCGCUGUCGGAGCAAGUUUUGAAAGGACCAGAGAUUCAAAGUGCUGAUUAUGUCAUCUGUCAUGUGAUGAAUCAUAAUCAAGAUGAUUCUUCAUCGGGAGAAGUCAUGGGAUCAGCUGGAUUCCCUCAGCAAGAAAGCAGGUCGUAUUCAAGUUACAAUCAAGCUCCUGAUCCCCAAGUAGUUUAUCAGCCGGAAGAAGGAGUUCCGUUGCAAAAUAAUUGUUAUUAUAACAUUCCCAACAAUAGUACUACGGUUGAUGAAAGCAUGUGGUUAUAUUCGGGUUAUAAUCAAGGUGCUGAUCCGCAAGUAGUUGAUCAUCAGCUGGAAGAAGGAGGUCAACAACCAUGGAGUGGAACUAUAAGUAGCUGUAAUAUUACUUGUGCAGGUGCGCCACCGCCAUUGAUCGAUGACAUUAAUCAAGGGACUUAUUCUUAUUCUCAAGAAGAAAUUGAUGUCAACUCAUAUUUAGCUCCGGGGGAUGCUACUGGAAUGAUGCCAGCGUUAGUUGAUAGCAAUAACUUAUUCCAGUGCUAUAGUUGA